GCCGGUAAGGCAGCAUCACAUCUUUCAUUCAUUAUUCACAACGUCUUCGGUCAAGAAUAAACCAUAUUCAAGAUCCUUUCUCAUCAUCAAACAACCUUUUGAAAAAUGGCCAUUCGUAUGCCUCGGAUCGUUCAAGCAAAACAAAUCUUAAGACGGUCAUUCUCUAAUGGAAGAAGCACGCCAACAUCAAUGAACAUCCCAUCAGGCUAUUUUGCGGUUUAUGUUGGAGAGCUAGAAAAGAAGCGGUUUGUGGUUCCUGUUUCACUAUUGAGUCAACCUUCAUUCCAAAAAUUACUGGACCAGUCAGAGGAAGAGUUUGGGUAUAACCAUCCAAUGGGUGGCCUCACGAUUCCAUGCAGUGAAGACAUAUUCACUGAUCUUGCUACUCGUUUAGGCGCCUUAUGAGUUAGAUAUAUCGUUCUGUGCUGAUUGAUAGCCAUUAUGUAAAUCACUAACCAUUAGGCCUUCAAGUAUUACUUGUAAACAGAAACCCUUGUCCCAUUUGUGAGGAACUCCCAACAGAAACUACUGAUAUAUAAAUUAAAAAGCUUAUGCUUUUCAUACAUUUUUGACAUAUAAUUAAGCUUAUUCUUUUA